UGACUGUGACGGCGAAACCAAAGCCCUCGGAAAGCACAGCUAGUAACGGCUGCAACGCCAUCAAAACACAACAGACACACACAGACGGAGAUAGAAAAGACAGAUACAGAGAGAAACAGAGUUUUCAAGAGAGAGAGAGUAAAACGCCAAAUAGAAAGAGAAAAGCGGGGAGAGCUCAGCUCUGUGCUAUGGCGCUGUCAAAUCCUCUUAAAUCUAAGAAGAUAUUAAUGGCGGACGAUGAGGGCUUCGGGGAAGGCCAUCUCGGCGGGGCUGGCAGCUUUUCCCAGUUGCUGUUCGCCGAUGACUUGGUGGGUCUUGACAUGGACGACGGCUUCAACCACAAACACUUAUCUUUUUCUUCCAUAAACCCACCGAAGAUGCUCUGUUUUGGGGACUACAAGGAGAACUGCGAAGCAGUGGUUGUCCCUGAAAAAAAAAUUUCGGCAAACUCAGUCCGUGCUUCUCAAUGCAACAAUCACAACAGCGUCAACGCGAUGUCCAAAUCUAAUAAGAAAAGAAACGAGUUGGGGCAAGAAUCGGUCCAGCGCUGCGCGAGCACCGGCGCCGGAGCUCCGGUGGAAAGCCAGGGUAACCCUAAAAAGACCAAGAGUUCCGCAAACCCCACGACUCCAGCCAGCCAUGCAAAGGUGAGAAAGGAGAAGCUUGGGGAAAGAAUCACAGCAUUGCAGCAGCUUGUUUCUCCGUAUGGCAAGACGGAUACGGCAUCGGUGCUGCACGAAGCGACGGGAUAUAUCAGGUUUCUGCAGGAGCAAGUCCAGGUUCUGUGUUCUCCCUAUUUGCAGAGACUGCCUUCCUCUCCCUCCGUAACUGAGGGGGAGGAGGAAGAGAUGGAAAAGAUCGAUCUGAGGAGCAGGGGACUCUGCCUGGUUCCGGUGGCCUCCACCGUACACGUGGGGAGCAGCAACGGCGCUGAUUUUUGGUCACCCGCCAUGGGGAGCGUCUCAUCGUCGUCAUUGUCAAAGCAGUGAUCCCCUCAUCAGUUUGUAGUGUUUUGCUGUUAUAUAUAUAGAUAUGCAUGGCUGCCCGGAGGCUUCUCCGAGUUCAAAAUGAAUUCUGACCAGAGACCACAAUGGACAUGGUUUUGUAAUACAGGGCAAAAUGUGUUUUUGCUCUCUUCUUCUUCUUCUUCUUCUUCUUCUUCUCUCUCUCUCUCUCUCUCUCUCUCUCUCUCUCUCUCUCCUGUUUUUUGAGAUGGCAUGUAAAGAGACUUUUGGGAAAUGAAAAGAAAGAAGAAAGGGUCUUUUAUGUUA